AUGUGCUAUGGGAUGUUGGGAAAACGGUCACAGCAACAACAACAACAGCAAGCAGGCGGCGGAGGGGUAGUAGGUAAAGCAAACAACGCGGGUGGUGGAUACUAUCGUGAGACUGUAACACCACCGGCUUGUUUCACAGUUGGUGCAUGUAACAGUUACAAUAAGACGAUGAUGACUGGCAUGAGUAACUCAGCGCAUACCACCCCUCAGAAGAUGAGCAAUCACAAUCGUAAUCACAACCAUCACAACAAUCACCAUCAUCGUAACCAUAAUAAUAACAAUAAUCGAAUGUUAACGGUUCGUUCGGCUGCAGCUCUAAACAUACAACCCGUUGUUAGUGCGCAACAACUGGAUCAACUCGAAACGUGCCAAACCGCUAUGGCUAGACAAGUGAGUUGCUUGAUCUGGUCAAUUAAUGAUCUAGGUGUUUGCUUUUGA